CGUCAGGCUGGAGACAGGCAGAGCCGGUGUUUGUGAUGGGAGCUAGCUAACUAGGAAGGGCGACUAUACCUUUAAGUGAAACAAAACCAAACGAGAGGCAAUCAGCGGUAUCGCUGGAUCGCGUAGGUAGUUAAGUUGGCUUACAGGGAGUUCCGAUAUGAUAUUUGUUAAACUCCUUCUCAUGUUCUGCUGCCUACACGAUAUUACAGGUCAGUAUGGGAACCCCUUGAACAAAUAUAUCCGCCACUAUGAGGGUUUAUCAUAUGACACAGAAGCCCUGCAUAGCCGUCACCAGAGAGCCAAAAGGGCAUUGUCUCCUCAAGACAGCAUCCUGCACCUGGACUUCCACGCACAUGGAAGACAUUUUAACUUGCGGAUGAAGAGGGAUACAAACUUAUUUUCUCCAGAUCUCAUUAUUGAGAUAUCAGGAGAGGACAUCCCUGUUGAUACCUCACACAUUUACAGUGGACAUAUCUUUGGAGAAAAGGAUACACUGACCCAUGGCUCUGUGGUUGAUGGCCGCUUCGAAGGCUUCAUUAAAACCCACCAAGGAACAUACUACGUUGAGCCCUCAGAGAGGUACUUAAAGGAUGACACCGUACCCUUCCACUCUGUCAUCUAUCAUGAAGAUGACAUUGAUUAUCCUCAUAAGUAUGGCUCAGAGGGCGGCUGUGCAGACCACUCAGUGUUUGAGAGGAUGAAGAAGUAUCAGUCAUCACCAGUAGAGGAGCCAGUCAAAGGUGUGAACAGUGUAUUGGAAGAGGCCAGUGCCCAUGUUCCUGUCAUUCUGAGGACAAAGAGGGCAGCAGGGAAAGAGAAGAACACCUGUCAGCUCUUCAUCCAGACAGACCACCUCUUCUUCAAAUACUACGGCACAAGAGAAGCUGUCAUUGCCCAGAUCUCCAGCCACGUAAAGGCUAUUGAUUCAAUUUACCAGGCCACAGACUUCAUGGGUAUCCGAAAUAUCAGCUUCAUGGUUAAAAGGAUUAGGAUAAACACCACCCUCGAUGAAAAGGACAGGACCAACCCUUUUCGGUUUGCCAACAUUGGAGUUGAGAAGUUUUUGGAGCUUAACUCUGAGCAGAAUCACGAUGACUACUGCUUGGCGUACGUCUUCACUGAUCGGGACUUCGAUGAUGGCGUGCUUGGCUUGGCAUGGGUUGGCGCUCCCUCAGGAAGCUCUGGGGGAAUCUGUGAGAAAAGCAAACUCUACUCUGAUGGGAAAAAAAAGUCUCUGAACACAGGCAUCAUCACUGUACAGAACUAUGCCUCCCACGUCCCUCCUAAGGUGUCACACAUCACGUUCGCUCAUGAAGUUGGACACAAUUUUGGCUCUCCUCAUGAUUCUGGGAUUGAAUGCACCCCAGGAGAAUCCAAGUUGCAAGACAAAAAAGAGCAGGGCAACUACAUCAUGUAUGCCAGAGCCACAUCAGGGGACAAGCUCAACAACAACAAGUUCUCCAUCUGCAGCAUCCGCAAUAUAAGCGCUGUUCUGAUAAAGAAGAGGGAUGACUGUUUUGUCGUGUCAGGCCAGCCUAUCUGCGGUAAUGGACUGGUAGAAGCUGGAGAGGAGUGUGACUGUGGCUACAGUGAUCAGUGUACAGACGUUUGCUGCUUUAGUGCAAAUGAAGACGAGAGCAAGAAGUGCAAACUGCAGCCUGGAAAACUCUGCAGUCCGAGUCAAGGCCCAUGUUGCACACAACAGUGUACUUUCAAGGGCACAGCUGAUAGAUGCAGACUGGAGUCCGAAUGUGCCAAAGAGGGAAUGUGCAAUGGAGCCACAGCCCUGUGUCCUUCCUCAGAACCAAAGGCCAACUUCACAACUUGCAAUUCAGAAACACAAGUCUGCCUCAAUGGUGUCUGCUCUGGUUCGAUUUGUGAGAAACAUGGUCUGGACGUUUGCACCUGCGCAAGUCAAGAUGGCAAGGAUGAAGCAGCCGAGCUGUGUCAUGUUUGCUGCAUGGAGAAAAUGAAGCCCAACACCUGCAGCAGCACAGGCUCAGAUAGAUGGGCCAUGUACUUCAGCAGACAGAUCAAAACGCUGCAGCCUGGCUCACCCUGCAAUGAUUUUAAGGGAUACUGUGAUGUCUUUAUGAGGUGCCGUCUGGUCGAUGCUGACGGGCCUUUGGCAAGGCUAAAGAAAGCCAUCUUCAACGCAGAACUCUAUGAGAAUAUUGCAGAGUGGAUAGUGGCUCACUGGUGGGCUGUGCUGUUGAUGGGCAUCGCUCUUAUCAUGCUAAUGGCUGGAUUCAUCAAGAUCUGCAGCGUCCACACCCCCAGCAGCAACCCCAAACUGCCUCCACCAAAGCCACUGCCAGGUACGCUGAAAAGAAGACGACCGCAGCAUGCAAACCAGCAGUCACAGGGCCAGCGUCACCAGCGUCAGUACAGAGAGAACUAUCAAAUGGGACAGAUGAGACGCUGAGACACUGGUCUGCUCUUUGCCUUGGUUCUUCUUAGUGCCUACAAUGGGAGCACUUCACCCCAAAGAGUUAUCUUAACCACAUUUUGCAAAAUUCAAAGAACUUCACUGGACAAAGCCUGAAGUUUUUUUGAGUCUAACAAACUCAGCACGUCUGCUCUAAGAGCCAGAUUCGCAGUGGUUCACACAGCUUUUAUAGGAAACAAAUAACUUUUUCAAGGAGGGAUGAGAAGAGAAGUUCACUGAUCUCUGUUAUGUGGUCUUAAUGUUGUUCCUCGAAUGCUUCUUUAUAUGAGGAUGGAUGAGAGAGAGAAGCUUUGUUUUAGAUUUUGCCUUCCUCUGUCUUCCAUCUGUCCUGCAUUUUUUUUUUUUUUUGUUCCUCUUUGGGAUGCUGCCAUCAUCAGCACGAUAGCAGGAUUGCAAGUCACAUGAGUUUUUGCUGCCAAUCAAAAACAACCGUAAGACAUUGUAUCAGAAGAAAUCUCUUUUUGCCAAUUUAAUUAGAUUACUUUAAAACAAAGCAACAUCAAAACUGAAGCUUCUAUUUCUGAAACAUACAUGUGUGCAAUUGUACAGAUCUUACAGUAGUUUUUUUCUGUUUCUAAUGACAUAGAUUUUCUGUAUAAAUAUUAUUUACUGAUUAAAUUCACCUUCUCAGGAUUAAUAAAUCAAAAACAAACAGGUGUAUUGGGUAGAUGGAUGGUUGCAUGUGUAUUUCAGGGUAAAAAUCCCUCCAGGCCGACGCCUGUAAAGCAGGGUUGAAGUUGGCUGCUGUGGGAUGCAGAGGACAGGUUGUAUAUACGAAUGUAGACAAAUGACCUUAAAGAUUCGGUGUCAUCUGUUCAAAGAUGGAGGGUUGUGGUGGGGAGAUGAUCUGGUUAUGUAUUUUACAUGCAGCUUUGUUUACAUAAAUGUAUGUAGUCUUGGGCUGAAGUAAAUGGUGAAAGAAUAGCUUUUUAUCAACCUGAUUGUAUCACAUUUUACUGCUUCGUAGCUGUUUUAUUUUUUAAUGAUUUCUUGCUUCACAGUUUUGUGACACAUUUGUAAAGAAGUUUGUGCUCUGAUUUGUGUCUUCUUUCAAAAUGAGCAACUGCUAAGAGUAAAAGCAAAACAGAAUGUAAAAGUUAAACCCUAUGGACAAUGCAGACCCACAUAUAUAAUGAGUCAUUUUAGAAAUGUCCCACUGUGAGUGUUCUACAUUCUUACUGUUUGAUUAGUCCAUUGAAUUGAUGCAGUUGCUGUUUUUCAUAAGUCUGUGCAAAAACUACUCAAAAACAUGAGCAAGAAACGUCUAGAUCUCAUUGAUUUCAUUGGAUGUCAUGUCAUUACAAAUGUGUGUCAGAUGCUUAACCAGUCUAUGUUAAAAUGUUUUUGGAUUUUGCUUUUGAUGAUUUUACUCACAACUCAGAUUAUUUGUAUAUGUGGAGGAACUUAGUGGAAGGGGGGAAAAGAUAAAGUUAUAUUUUUUUGCUGCUGUAACUGAAAUUCACCUGAGUGAACAAUCACUGUGUCACCCAUCAACCACUGUUCUGUUCUUUCUUCUCUUGUGAUGUUGCUUUAUGUUACACCCUCCUGUUUGUGUAAUCGCAGCUUAAAUGUGCCUACUAGAACAGUGUGACGGAAGGUGUGUACUGUUGACACUGAGGCCCAGACCACACACAGUGGCAGGUUACCUGAAGCACUGUUACCCACUAAAAUCAAAAGAAAGAAAUGUUCUGCAGACAACAUGGCUACAGUUUGGCAACGUGUGGUAUCAGAUUUGUACAUUUCCUUUUUGUAAUGAUCUAAAAUUGUCCUGCCCUAAUUUGGCUGGAUGUUUCAGUUGUCUCCAGCCAAAUAAAAUUUAGGUCACCAUCAUUGAUGUGUGAAAUUACAGAACACUCAGAAUCGAGUUGCUGGAAAAAUAUAGUAAAGUAUAUAUAGUUUCUUCAAAUCCCUUUAAGUCACAGAGUGAUUUUUUUUUCUUUUUUCUGAAGAGUUGGAGUACUGCUGCAGCUCACUGUUGUAUUCUGUUUCUUUAUCAAUCAGAUAGAUUCUAUGCAGAGUAUCACAGAGCUCAACAGUGAACAAGUACGCUCCUACACAGAGAAAUGCCUUCAUUGUUUUUCUCAUAUAAUUAAAAUGAAAAAUUCUGUUGUGAUUCCUUAAUAUAUUCAAUCUGGUCCAUGUACAACAGUGAUGUUUCUGAAAGGAAACAAAAAACGAAUUGACUUUAAUUUCAUUAAAUGUUCACCUUGUUUCUAUCUUUUGGUGCUACUGGUAGUGCUUUUACUUUGUCAAAUAUUUUUCAUUAUCUGACCAUUUUUAGAGCGUGUGUGUGUGUGUGUGUGUGUGUGUGUGUGUGUGUGUGUGUGUGUGUAUUGCCGCUUUGCUGAGUCAUCCUAUUCAGUUGAUAUGGCAUGAUGUGGACGAUACUGGGAUUUUAGGGUUAAUACUCUGGGAAAAUUUCUUUCUUUCACAUGUUGCAAUGAUGUUGAGAAAAUGCACUGAAGUGUAAGUGAUAUAAACAGAGAAUCCAAAAUGGCAUAGAUUCAGUACUACUGUCUGACUUUAAUGUCUGUUUUAUACUGUGUUUUCUUUUGUGUUGUUUUUAUGUACUUUUUAUUCUGUUUCCCAUUCUGCUUACUUUGAGAAUCUUACUAAAUUUGCAAAGGCAUUGUGCAAAAAAUAAAAAAUUCUUUUGAACUACUUGAAAUGAAUUAAUAAACCAGAAUUCAUCAAAUACCUGA